AGUCGAGCGAGCAAACUUUUUCCAGGACGGUCUACACUUCAUCUGAGAACUCCAGGCUGGAGCAGCCUGGAGCGUGUGGCGAAGAGUCUGCGGCCGACUUGGUGACAACAGUUUGCGAGGGAAGGAACAAGCGAGAGGAGUUUGGAAGUGAGCGCUGGAAGCCCAUUCGCUGCUUCUAAACAGCUGAGGUCUCGGUUUCUCUGCAAACAGAGGUUCGCGGCUACAAGUGUCCCCUUAGCUCUAGGGGGCAGGCAAAAGACUGUAAGACAGUAGGAAUCAGCUCGUGUCUGGGGCUCAGGAGCACACUGUGGUCAUGGUGAAUGAAAGUCCCAAGCAGGAGGAGAGCAAUGACAACCCUGCGCCAGAGUCCUCAUUCCAGACGGACACCAGCAACUCCACCCAUCCCAGCGUCUCCAUCCAUCCCAGCGUCUCGGGCCAUCCCAGUGUCUCGGGCCAUCCCAGUGUCUCCAUCCAUCCCAGCGUCUCAGGCCAUCCCAGCGUCUCCAUCCAUCCUAGUGUCUCGGGCCAUCCCAGUGUCUCCAUCGACCCCAGCGUCUCUGUCCACCCCAGCAGUUCAGCACCCCCUAGUACCUUGGCUCAACCCAGCGGCGUGACCCAUCACAGUAGCUCAUGUCGGGAAGGCAGCGUGAUCAAGGUGAGCAAGCGCCGUUGGGCCGUGGUCCUGGUGUUCAGUUGCUACUCCUUGUGCAACGCCUUCCAGUGGAUUCAGUAUGGUUCCAUCAAUAACAUCUUCAUGACCUUCUAUGGCGUCAGCGCCUUUGCCAUCGACUGGCUGUCCAUGUGCUACAUGCUGGUUUACAUCCCUCUGCUCCUGCCCGUGGCCUGGAUGCUGGAGAAGUUUGGUCUUCGCGCCAUCGCUAUCACUGGCUCAGCCCUCAACUGCCUGGGGGCCUGGGUGAAGCUAGGCAGCCUGGAGCCUCACCUCUUUCCAGUCACAGUGGUGGGUCAGGUCAUUUGCUCGGUGGCACAGGUCUUCAUCCUGGGCAUGCCUUCACGCAUUGCUUCGGUCUGGUUCGGGGCUGAUGAAGUGUCAACCGCUUGCUCCAUGGCUGUGUUUGGCAAUCAGCUUGGAAUUGCAAUUGGGUUUUUGGUCCCUCCUGUUCUGGUACCCAACAUCAAAGACCAGGAAAAGCUCGCCUACCACAUCAGCAUCAUGUUCUACAUAAUAGGAGGUGUGGCCACUUUCCUCUUCAUCCUUGUCAUCAUCGUAUUCAAGGAGAAGCCCAAGUAUCCUCCCAGCAGGGCCCAGUCCCUGAGCUAUGCCUUGGCGUCCACCGAUGCUUCGUACUUAAGUUCCAUCAUCCGGCUCUUCAAAAACCUCAACUUCGUGCUGCUGGUCAUCACCUACGGUCUGAAUGCUGGUGCCUUCUAUGCCUUGUCCACGCUGCUGAAUCGCAUGGUGAUCUUGCACUUCCCGGGUGAAGAAGUGAAUGCUGGGAGGAUUGGCUUGACCAUUGUCAUCGCAGGGAUGGUUGGAGCUAUGAUCUCAGGCAUCUGGCUGGAUAAAUCCAAAACCUACAAGGAGACGACCCUGGUGGUGUAUAUCAUGACUCUGGUGGGCAUGGUAGUGUACACAUUCACCUUAAACCUGGAGCGGUUAUGGGUAGUAUUCAUCACUGCUGGCACACUGGGCUUCUUCAUGACUGGCUAUCUGCCCCUGGGGUUUGAGUUUGCCGUGGAGCUCACGUACCCAGAAUCUGAAGGCAUGUCGUCCGGCCUCCUCAACGUGUCAGCACAGGUAUUUGGGAUCAUCUUCACCAUCUCCCAAGGCCAGAUUAUUGACAACUAUGGAACAAAGCCUGGGAACAUCUUCCUCUGUGUGUUCCUUGCCCUUGGAUCAGCUCUCACUGCUUUCAUCAAGGCAGACCUUCGGAGACAGAGGGCAAACAAGGAUGUUCCUGAGACGAAAGUCCAAGAGGAGGAGAGCAAUACCAGCAAGGUGCCCUCCGUCGUGACAGAGGCUCAUCUCUGAGAGAGAGACAGAGAGAGGUGGCAGAGACUCAGGAACAGACACACUCGCCUCUAGGUCCCAUUGAGCUGUGACUGCCAGCACCUACAUCUCCAUGGAGGAGCUUCUAGAGGAAGCAGCUGGAAGAUUUGUGACUUGCAAGGCAGUGCCUAUGCCUACUGGGCCCUACCUGAGAACCUGGCUGGUUUACUCAGGGGAAACCUCACCUCUCUCCAGAUGCAGACUGGAUUCUGGUCCCCUCUCCCUGUUAGGUCUCAGGGCUAGCAUUGGGAGAGGCUGGUGGAGGGUGCUGGAGUCGAUCCUUGCUUGGUCCCUUGUCUUUUCUUAUCCCUUCUCUCGUGGAGAACACUUCCAGAAUUAUCCUAAGAAAGCUUAUUCAGGAGAUUAACUUUUUCUAAUGUCUUAAGACUUAACCACACGAAGCCCGGUUCUUACUGAGAAUGGGCAAGCUGCUCUGCCUGAGGGUCAUGAGGAGGAAGCACCAUGGUACAGCCUCCGUAAGAGCCCAGCAUUCCACAGUGGCAGCUCUAUCAGGACUCUUGACUUCAGCCCUCCCGGCCAAACACUGCAGUCUCUUCCCACCUUCUUUCCUGGCAGUCAAAGACAAAACAGCAAUAAACCAGACAAAACCUCUCUUGUAGCCCUGAAGUAAGAAAUGACUGGAGAGGGCUCCCUGCCUACCUGCAACAGUGCUGGGGGUUACCUUGAGUGUGUGUUGGGCUCCGGGCUAGGAUGGGAAGGUGCUUCCCUACAAAAGAGGUGCUUGCCCAGGGACUCCAGUGUCCCAGGCUACUCAGAAUGUCUUUAUUGGAUAUUGCACUGGGAAACGCUGCCAUCAGCCCAGCGGCUCGUGGCUCUAACCUUUAUUAAAAGUUAGUCUCAUUGACUCUACUCUGAGACCCAAGGCUGUCUCUGAGGAAAGAGGCAGAAGGCGGCUCUUAAAACAGACAUGGUGUCUGUCUCAGGUAAACAUAAUCCUGUGGAAGUCUGGGACAGUAUUUGCACAACCAAACCCUCUCCCUGCCUCUGCUAGCAAAAUCUGCCAGAUAUUUUAAAUUGAGAAGGACUCCUUGUAAAUUCCAGUUGACCUCCUUCCUCCCCCAGUCUGCUGGUAAUGUCAUGGCUUUUGUAGUGUCUCCUCCAAGAGAAACUGGCAACUAAUUUCUCCUGCGCCUUGAGCAAUUCUGGUCAAGACCAUUGCGUCAUCUGGCCUUGGCCAUGGCCUUAGAAUUCCAGAAUAGCCAGAUUGCCUGCAAUAUUGGGGUGCCAGGCCAGAGGGGAUUCACUUGUGUACACAUACAUGUGUGUUUGUAUAUUGUGUGUAGACCUGAGCAGUGAAUGGGAGGAAAGCAGUGUGGUGGAGGGUUAGGGAUGGAAGAGAGAGGUAGGUGCCUUACUUUCUGUCAAGAAAAAGGAGUACUUUUUUCAACUGUUCAAAAUGGACAUGUUUACUCAAUCCACUUAUUUAAA